AUGUCGACUCCGCACAUUCUUGGUGGGGAUCUCUCCGAACUGGUGCGAGAUUCGCGGCUGGAUGCCAUCUUUGAACGGGGCUGCACCAUACACCCCCGGGCUGCGGCAACCCGUCGAGAGAAUUACAGCCAUGAGAAAUGGUUUCCACGCCAAGAUCCGGUUGGUAAGGGGGGCAUGGGGCUCGUUUACGUCGAGGAGAGGGAGAGAGUAGGAUCUCGCCCGGUCUCGUUGCGGGCAGUCAAGAAGAUUCAACUUUCGGGGCGCCCGGAGCAGAAAAAGAUGAUUCGACGAGAGUUGGAAGCUAUGUUUAAAUUCUCACAGCCCAGGUUCAAGGGUCUCUUCAUCCAGCCUUAUGGAUGGUUUCUUAGUGGGGACUAUGUCCACAUAGCCAUGGAAUAUUACGAGCUUGGAGACUUGCAAAAAUAUCUCGAUCAUCCGUCCAAAUGCCCAAAUGGCCGGCUGCCCGAGCAUGAGGCUGGCAGUAUCGCCUCGCAGAUUUUGGACGCUCUUUAUGUGAUGCACCAGCAUAACUUUUCCCACUGGGAUCUGAAACCUGCAAAUCUUCUGAUUAAACAACAGCCUCCCAACCCUUGGCUCAUCAAGCUUGGUGAUUUUGGUAUCAGCAAGCGGGGAGAGGCAAUCAGCAAUUUCACAUCGUUGGCUGGGACGAUAGACUACAUGCCUCCAGAACACCAUGGAUAUAGGUCUCGGUCCGGUGAUAAUUCCCGAGCCGUUGAUAUGUGGGCUUUUGGGUACACAAUCUUUCGAGUCUUGACUGGCCAAGGCAUGUUCCGCGAUGGACAUGAGCGCCACGCCUUUUUCAGCAACAUGUCGCCCUUUCCCGACCAUAUUCUGCGAAAUUUACAGAUAAGUGAGGAUGGGAUCAGUUUCCUUCGGAAGCUGGUCGUUGUUGAUCCUGGAGCAAGGAUCGACGCAGAAGCGGCAUCACGAGACCCAUGGAUUGAGAAAUACGACCAAGAGCAGCACCAGCAAGAAGCUUCUGCUGCUGGAACAAACCAUACAAGCCAUGAUCAAUCUAGGGGAAAGCUACCUAAUCCGCCCAUCGAUGUUCAUUCUCACCCCUCGUUGACAGAGACCACUCUAUAUCCCGGCUGUCCCUCGCCAUUCCCCAACAGGCUGAGCACUACUGAGAGCCAGCUUUACACGGUAUCAAGUCAGUCUACUCGUGCCUCUGCAGCUUGGCCAACAGCUAGCUACACAACUCCUAGCUAUCAUACAGUUUCUUACAGCACGGUAUCAAGCCAGUCUACCCGAGCCUCUGCGGCGUGGCCAACGGCUACUUAUACAGCUCCGGGCCAUAGUCCAAGUCCCUUAGAUGGAGGUGAUUACACGAUAUCAAGUCAGACUACCAGAGCCCUGGCGGAGGGGACAAUGGCCACUCAUAAAGCUCCUAGUCGUAAUCCAAAUAUUUUGGAUGGGAGUAAUAAGAUGGUAUCAAGCGAGUCUACUCAGGCUUUCGCAGCGUCGCCAACGGAAACACGAACAACUACCGGCGAUGGUUUAGAUUUCCUAGAUGAAGGAAAUAAUAUAGUAAGGAAGGAUGACGCCGAGCUCUUUUUUGCCGCCGCCUCCAGCCAGCGCAGCUCGAACCGUCCACAUUCGGUGUCCAUGUCAACUCCCACGACGCAAACGUAUUCCCUAAACCCUGGGCAUGACACUACGAUUUCACGAAGGUCUAUCCAUGGUCCGUCGGUAAAUGCCCCUGAUAAUUCUCUACCAAGGAGCACGUCAUCACCAUCUGCAAAGGGACCUCCAGCUUUCACACCUGCCCCCUUAGCUCUCUCACAAGACCUUACAGCGCCCAGCGAUCAAUACCCCCUUUUCCGGCAGAGCCUCAAUCUCAGCCAGCAUGAAGAUCCAUCCAAAUCACAAGAACAACCAUCUGCAAAAGGACCUCCGGCCUUCACACCUGCCCCCCUAGCUCUCUCACAAGACCUCACAGUGACCAGCGAUCAAUAUCCCCUUUUCCGGCAGAGCCUCAAUCUCAGCCAGCACGAAUAUCCAUCCAAAUCACAAGGAGAACCACCUACGGAUAUGCCUGAACAUGCACGGUCGGCAGAUCUUCCAAUUGGUCCCUUGCGCCCUGGAAAAGAGAAUGCAGUCCCAACUGAUGCAGACCAACUUGAUAUCUCAGUAAACGACCAAUCUGAUGUCCCCUAUGGGGAGCGCUUACAAAAGGCCUUCGUGAUAGAGCAGCUUGAAAAGCUUCGCGUACAAGGCCAAUUUGAUGAGAAGUGUAAAGAGAUAAUACAUGGCGAUUACGAACCCCCAACUAUACAUGAAAGACUUGAGAUUAUUAAAGAACUUGAGAGGAAAUUAGGCAAGGAUCACAUAAUUGUCAUUGAUGCACGUUGCGUUAUCGCUAAAGAGCAAAUCGACGAACAGAGAAAUUAUUUCGAAGCCGUCAGGACAUAUCAACGUGCCCUUCUUGUAAAGAAGAAGAUGUUUGGGAGCGAUGAUCCGAGAACCCUACAUAGCAUGCACGACUUGGGAGAUGCGUUGUCGCGUUACUGCAAGUUUGAAGAAGCGGAGCCCAUCUGCCGCGAAGCUCUCCAACAGAGAAGGAGAAUACUUGGCCCUUCAAACAUUGACACCAUUGAGAGCUUGGGGGCAUUAGCUGCUUGUCUUCAGGGGCAGCAGAACUUCAGCGAGGCCACCCUAAUGUUCCAGGAGGUGGUGGAAGUAAGGAAACAGUUUCUUGGACCUACUGAUAAGAGAACUGUUGAUGCCAUGGUCUCUGUGGGCAUUUGCCUGAAUCAAGAAGGCAGAGUCCACGAUGCAGAAGCCAUUCUCCGAGAGGCUCUUCAGAUUAUCAGGAGGGAGCCAGACAGCUACGAAAAGCGAGCGCCAGACGCUGUUCACGUCUUGUGCCUCACUCUGUGCAACCAGAGCCGGGUUGAAGAAGCGGAAAAACUUCUACGAGAAGACUCGGAUCAGAGAAACCCUGAAUAUUUCCGCACUGCGGAGAAUUUUUAUUGGCUAUGUCUGGCCCUCAACUCCCUGGAACAUUAUCAAGAAGCUCAGCCGAUGUGGAAACGCCUGAUCAAGAUGCUAGAGUGGGAUCUCGGUAGGGAUAACAUAACGUCAAUGAGGACUAAACAGGCAUAUGUCCAGCAUCUCAUCAAGUUGGGUGAUACGAAGAAAGCUUUGAAGAGAUCAAGAGAAGUUUUUGAACGCAGGGCGGAAGUACUCGGCACCACUCAUCCCGACACUCUUCACACCAUGCAAUGGCUCGGCCACCUCCUACUUACUGAGGAGGGACCAACAGAGGAAGGACUCCAAGUUUGCCAUAAUGUCUAUCGUUUUACUGAAGAGGCUUGGGGGGCUUACCAUCCAAAUACUCUCACCACUUCGUUCUGGCUUGGUGAUGUACUCAUCGGAACCGGUAAAAUCAAAGAAGGUCGCGAGAUACUAGAAGCGCUUCUCCAUAAGCAAGAGCUCACUUUUGGCAAAGCUCACGGGGACGCAAUACUGACAAGGGACAGAGUCGCCGCGUCUUUCCUUGAUGAGGGUGACAAUACCAACGCAGAGCAGUCGUUCAGACGGAUCGUCCAGUUGAAGGAAAUCGAAUUGGGAGUGGAUGACCCGGCCACAAUCGAUGCUGUCUAUAACCUUGCGGAUUUCCUUGAUGAGAGCGGCAAGUUCUACGAAGCAGAAGUUCUCUUCAGGAGAGUCCGGGCGCAUAGAGAGAGGAAUUUGGGGCAAGAUCACCCCGGAACUCUUGUAGCUGUGACUGCACUCGGGCGGGCGCUGUAUUCGACAAAGCAGUAUGCUGAGGCAGAACAGGUCUUCCGCCUUGCCCUUCAUGCCUAUGAAAGAAAAGCUGACGAUGAGGUCAUGCAAGCGGACUUGCAAGAACUUCUGGCGGUGACAUUAACAUGCCUGAUGCGACAUUCCGAGGCCGAAAAGCAUUACUAUUGGGCGUGGUUACUACGAAAGAAUGCCGUGGGCGAGAACGACGGGACCACGGUCGACUAUAUGGUCAAAUAUGCACUCUACCAAAAGGACUUCCAGCAGAGGGCGGGCGAAGCAGAGACUCUGAUACAAGAUGCCGUCCGAUUGUACAAAGAGCUGCUCGGCGCCGAACACCCGAAGACUCAGGAGACCAUUGAUACAUAUGCCCAGAUCCUCCUCGAAAAUCAUAACUAUACAAAAGCGAUCGAAGUGAUCAAAGAGAUUAGAAGCUAUGAGGAUCCAUUUUCUGAGGAGUUUUUCACAACCAUGCUGAAUCUGGGUCACUUGUACAAACUCAAUAACCAACUCAGUUUAGCAUUCGAAACCUACACGGAGCUUCUUAACUUACAGAAGGCGAGGCUAGGCGAUCAUGAUGCGGCAACGCUGGAGACCUUGCACAGGCUUGCGGAGGUCAGAAUGGACCAGGGCGCGUUCAUUGAAGCCAUGGGCCUCGCAAGCAAAGUUGCCAAACUACGGUCGCAAUAUCUUACCGAUGGCUCCUGGCAGGAGAGCCUAAAGUUGGAGGAGGAAUGCAAGGAGCGCCUACUGCGUUGA